AUGCAUACCCUCUUAGGUUGUAUGAAGUCUGUGGAGGAUGAAUUGACGACAGCUCACCAGGCCCAACUUAAAGCUGCUAUACUCACCCAGCAGCUUACACAGCAACACACAGCUCUCACCCGCCAUGUGGCAAGUCUGGAAGAUACCAUGCGCCGGCGCAACCUGAAGAGUCAAGAGUUGAGCAGCAACAUUGGCACAGAAGAAUUGCCUCAGUUCACCUGA